AUGACCUUCGAUCCCGCGAGAUCCCGAGGCAUCAACCUCCCUUCCGCGAGAUCCGGUGACGCCGGCCACCGAGAACCGCUGCUCUGCCAUCGUCUCCUUGCUGCUGCCCACCGAGGUCCUUGUGUUGCUUCGUUUCGGACCAUCAAGACUGGCAAGAUCGACUACAUGGACGCCAAGUACCACGACACCGAAGACCCGGACUUCACCAAAAACCAAUACUCGAUGACCCUUCGGAUGCGCCAAGUUCGUCUACACAAAAACGCCAAGUACCCCUCAUGUUGGCAAGACCCGCAAGUCAGACCCCAAACGAUCGACUUCUCGUGGACCGUGUACAACUACUGUCGCGCCGAGGACGUUGGAUUCGUUAAGUACCUCUCCGAAGACGAAACGUAUACCGCUACCACCACAAAAAUCGAGACCAACAAGUCUGAAGAUGCAAGUACCACUCCAGACCAUGCAAGAUGA